GCGGCGCUGCUGGCUGCUUCCGGUUUCCUCCGCUAGCGGUCCGGCUAUGCCGUCCGCGCUGCUGCGCCUGGCUGCGUUGCUCGCCCUGCUGCCCGCGAGCAUACCUCAGAGAAGUUUUGGAAUUGACUACGACCACAACUGCUUCGUCAAGGAUGGGAAGCCAUUCCGCUACAUCUCGGGUAGCAUUCACUAUGCCCGUGUGCCCCGGUACUAUUGGAAAGACCGUUUGUUGAAGAUGAAGAUGGCAGGGCUUGAUGCCAUUCAAACGUACGUGCCAUGGAACUAUCAUGAAUCUGAGCCAGGACUAUAUAACUUCUCUGGUGACAGAGAUGUAGAAUAUUUCCUGCAGCUAGCUAAUGAGACUGGAUUGUUGGUAAUACUGAGAGCUGGACCUUAUAUCUGCGCAGAAUGGGACAUGGGGGGUCUGCCUGCAUGGUUAUUGGAAAAAGAAUCAAUUGUUCUAAGAUCUUCUGAUUUAGAUUACCUAGAAUCUGUGGACAAGUGGAUGGGUGUCUUUUUACCAAAGAUGAAGCCUCUUCUUUAUCAAAAUGGAGGGCCAAUUAUUAUGGUGCAGGUUGAAAAUGAGUAUGGAAGCUACUUUGCCUGUGAUUACAAUUACCUUCGAUAUCUCCAGAAGCUCUUCCGCCACCACCUUGGGGAGGAUGUGGUGCUGUUUACCACGGAUGGGGCAAGCAAAAGUUACUUGAGAUGUGGAGCCCUGCAAGGUCUUUAUGCAACAGUGGAUUUUGCCCCAGGUGGUAAUGUCACAGCAGCAUUUUUAUCUCAAAGAAGCAGUGAACCAACAGGCCCUUUGGUUAAUUCUGAGUUCUAUACUGGCUGGUUGGAUCACUGGGGUCACCGUCAUUCUUUUGUGCCAGCCCAGCUGGUAGCUAAAUCUCUUAGUGAAAUCCUGGCACGUGGUGCUAAUGUUAACAUGUACAUGUUUAUAGGUGGAACCAAUUUUGCCUACUGGAAUGGAGCAAAUAUGCCAUACACACCACAGCCUACUAGUUAUGACUAUGAUGCUCCAUUAAGUGAAGCAGGGGACCUCACGGAGAAAUACUUUACUCUGAGGGAAGUAAUUGGUAUGUAUAAAAGAUUACCUGAGGGUCCUAUCCCCCCAACAACACCAAAGUUUGCAUACGGGCAGGUUCAAAUGGAGAAGAUAGGCACUCUGCUAGAAGUUCUUGAUGAUCUGUCACCGUCUGGACCAGUAAAAAGUGUUUAUCCAUUGACGUUUGUUCAACUAAAACAAUAUUUUGGGUUUGUGUUGUACAGGACCAACCUGAAAAAAAAUUUUAGUGAAGAAACCCUACUGAUUUCACCUGUCAGUGGCGUUCAUGAUCGUGCCUAUAUCUCUGUGGAUGGGAUUCCUCAGGGAGUCCUUGAAAGAGGCAAGUCACUUAUGAUAAAUAUAACUGGAAAGGCUGGAGCAAAUCUGGACCUGUUGGUAGAAAACAUGGGUCGAGUAAACUAUGGUAGAUACAACAAUGACUUUAAGGGUCUGGUUUCAAACUUAACGCUUGAUCAGGACGUACUUGUUGACUGGGAAAUCUACCCUCUGGACAUAGACAGAGCAGUGGGACAUGGCCUAAACUGCAGUGAUGAUGAAUUGAAAACACCUGGAAGUACUCCACCAAGCUAUGAACUACCUGCUUUUUACACUGGUACAUUAUCUAUUCCCAGUGGGAUUCCAGACUUACCCCAGGACACCUAUAUUAGGUUUCCUGGUUGGACCAAGGGACAAAUCUGGAUCAAUGGCUUUAACCUCGGUCGCUACUGGCCAGCCCGUGGUCCUCAAGUGACCCUGUUUGUUCCAAGCAAUAUUCUUGUAUCGUCAGCACCAAACAAUAUUACGGUACUGGAGUUGGAGCGGUCUCCUUGCAGCAUCCAGGAAUGUGUCGUAGAAUUUGUAGACAAACCUGACAUCAAUGCAACACUCCAAUAUGAAGGCAACAGUGAGAAGCUGUACUCUAGAGAUUUAUACCUGAGCCAUCUGUGAUGGAUGAGGAAUGAUUUCUGUAGCAUCUCCCUUUUUCUGCCCCAUUCCCUCAAAUUGUACACUCCUCAUGUGAAGAAUCAAUGUUAAUUGGUAUGCAGUUUAACUAUGGAAGCUUUUUCACAUCCCUAAAUGUGUAGUUGUUUUAUGAACAGGAGAAAGAAAACAUGAGGUUUCCUUUCAAAAUGAAGGUUCUAGUUUUCAAGUCAGUUUUGGAAUGAGAAACGGAACUUAAAUGGAAGAUCAUAGUGACAACAAGGGCAAAGAAACAGAUAGCUCAGAGAACAGCCUGCAUGCAAAGCAGGCUCCUACACUAGUUGUUUUAACAUUUCUUGUGAAUGUGGAGAAAUUUACCAUGAUAAGAACUAGGUGGUUGCACUAGCACACUUACGAAAUACUUGACUAUAUGAGAGCAUCAGGAGGCUUGGGUAUCCCACAUAUAAUUUACAUAUGACCUGGUUUCAUCUAGGCUUAAAUACCCAGUUAGUAUAAUUUCUGUUUAUUGCCCAGAGGGUUAUUUCUCCUUCCAACCUGUAAUAUCUAAAUGACUUUUAAAAUAUUCCAGAAUCUUCUGCUUCCUGGAACUGAAUAUCUAACAUACAGUGCAGCUGAAAUGCAAUCUAAUUAUAGUAAUACGAACAUCUGCAAGUGGCUUCUGGUCUUUGAGCAGUCAUUUCACUGAUACACAGACACACACACACAUUUAUAUCUAUCUAAUUAUAUAUAUCCAAUAGAUAGAUAAUUUGCUUUCUGUUUUUCAGCCUUCGAGAUUCACAUUAGUUAUCUUUAACAUUUUUUCAAGGGCUAGAAAUUAUUUAAUCAAAUUUUAACUCUUGUGAAUCAUUAUCCCCAGGACUGGUUAAAGGAAGAAAACGAGGAGUUAGCAACUUUAACUUAUGUUUGACUUUCUCAGGCUAAACCAAUUCCUUGCCUCUUGCCUUGGGCUUCCUGGUUCCUACAGCUUCUCUGGGGUUUAGUAAUCCUAUCCUUGAAGCUUUUAAUCCCCCUACCUCCAAAGCACUAUCAGCUUGCUCUUCUUCUGGAGACAUUGAGUUGAAGGGGACUUUCCAUAUUAUUUCCAGGAGAUGCACUUGGAUUAUUCUACAGCUCUGGGUUCUAGUCCAAUGACAGUCUGGAAAGCAAAGCGGUUCAUAUACAUCAUUGAUUCCCACUCUAGACCACUCCUAGUCCACUCCGUAAGCACGCACACUCUCUCUUCUUUGACCCCAUAGGAAUCAUAAAUAGGGCUGGAAGGGACCUCAUGAGGCUGGAAAGGACCUUAUGACUACAAAGAAUAGUCUAUCUCUGUCAUCUUUAUAACCUUGAGGUAUUUAAAGACUUAUCAAAUCCUUCCUCUGUAUUCUCUUCUCCAGACUAAAUAAUCCUAGUUCUUACAUCCUUUGCUUAUAAAUCUCAUUUUCUAAGCCUCAGUGUUUUUCUACUUGACUGUAAUAUCCUCUGGACAGUUUUCCCAUACCCCUUCCUCUGCCAGGAUACUCCCCUUACUGUAAGUGCCAGUUACUGCUGGUGUCCAUACCAUCAGCUCAGUUACGUCUUUUCGCUGUCCUUGAGUUAGUGACACCUGCUUUUUAAAGGACUACACAACCCUAUAACAGAGGUACUUGGAAAACUACAUUUUCCUUCCAAAAUGUUCGAUAAACAUUUAAAAAAAUUCCUCAAAAACUCUGAACUAACAAUUUCAUUUUAACCAAAGUCUGAAAGCUAUUGACAAAGGCUGUUAAAAGAAUUGAAAAAGAAUUUUCAGUUAAAAUAUCCAAAAAAAAGGUCAAGCCUUUGCAGUAGACACAAGAAAAAGUGUAAGAGUGAGCCUUGUUAGUACACAUGCAGUAAACUCUGUUUAAACCAUCUCAAUAGGUCAGUGAGUCCAUGCAGUCUUCAUGGUUGACCUUCAAACUAUGGGCCGAUUUGAUAUCUUUACACUGGUUUUAUAAUAAUGCAGCAUGACUGAUUUAAAUGAUAUUAACUCCUAACUUGUGCCAGUAAGAAGAACAGCUGAAGGUCUCACUGCUGCACAAAUGGAACUCAUGGUACUGACAGAACAGUCAGUGACAGAAAUGCAUACUGAAAACAAGUUUAAAAUGAGUCUUAAAAUUGGUGAUUUUCAUUUAGUCAGAAGAUUUAUGCCGUGAAGACAUUGAGCCAGCAAGUCGUCUUUUUUACUCCUUGUUAUAACUCAUUAUUACAAUGGUGCCUGCCCUUGUGCCUUUACAGUUGCUAAUCUUGAUGUAAAUGUCUGAUCUCUGUAAACAUGCAGAUUCAUUUAGUGACUGUUGCUGUCAGUGAAAGCUGACUUUCAGUAACAGUAUGUCUCUAUGCUUCUCAUUGGGUUUAGUGUCAGUCUUGCAAACUCUGAAAGGAGGCUUAAAGAGCAAAGAAUUGAGACAAUGAAAGAAAUUAAAGUAUUUUCCUAAAUUGC